UUAAGUUGAUCAGAAUGCCGCCAAGAAGAAGUGCAAGAAAUGCUGGAAAAUCUCCACAAACAGAAGAAAUACAAGAGAUUGCAAUCGAAACUAAGGAAAAACCUAAAAAAUCUAAAAAAAAUGCAGAAAUAAAUAAAGUACCGGAGCCUUGGGAAACUGCAGAAACAAUUUACGAAUUUACUGCAAAAGAUAUUAACGGUGAGGAGGUUUCUUUGGAAAAAUACAAAGGGCAUGUUUGCAUAAUUGUAAAUGUGGCAUCUAGAUGCGGCCACACCAAAAGCAACUACGAGCAAUUUGUAGAGUUAUAUGACAAAUAUGCCAAAGAUAAAGGUCUGAGAAUUUUAGCUUUUCCAUGCAACCAAUUUGGUGGGCAAGAACCAGGCGAUUCAGCCAAAAUCUGUGAAUUUGUUAAAGCAAGAAAUGUUAAGUUUGAUAUGUUUGAGAAAAUUAGCGUAAACGGCAAAAAUGCCCAUCCUUUGUACAAGUUUAUGAAGGAAAAAAUAGCUGGUCCCAAUGGAAAGGAUAUCAAAUGGAAUUUCACCAAGUUCAUCAUCAAUGAAGAUGGCAAAGUUGUUGAAAGGCAUGUUCCAGCUAAAAAACCAUUAACCCUUAUGGAGUCGCUUGAAAAAUUAUGGUAAAUAAUUGUUCAUAUUUGUUUACUUCAUAAUGCAGUACUAGGAACAUUUGUUGAUUAUAAGUAAUAAAAUGUUUGGAUUAA